AUGAGUGUGUUAGUAAAAAAUAAGUACAAACCCAUUAGAUGUCUAGUUUGGUGUAUUUUGUUGUGUCUUAUUUUAUGGAACAACUGUUUAGAGGGACUAAAUAAAUUUAAUCCAUUGCUUAAAGAAGAAGGAUCUUUAUAUUUGAAAGUGGCAUAUAAUUGUGAGUAUAGUGGGUUGAUAGAAUUAGAGAAUAAUUAUAUUUUACAUUAUUGUUUUUUUAUUAGUGAUGAAACUAAUGGAUUAGCAUUUACUACAUUCAAUACAUUAAAAUUAAAAUGGGAUUUACCUAAAGAAGUUUUAUUAUACAAGAAUGAUGAUAUACAAGGAUAUUCAUUUAUUACAGAUUCUAUUACAAACAAUUUAAUUUUAAUAUACGAUAUAAAUAAUAUAAUAAAGGUAACAGUAUUUAAUAAUUAUAUUGAGCCAUCUGUUAUUUCUAAUAAAAUUACUUUAAAUUAUAAAAUGGUACAUAAAUUUAAUAUAAUCUCUAAGAUUACAUAUUUUUAUAAAAAUAAAAAAUCCUUAUUUAUGUGUGGUAUGAAUAAUAGUGGAAAUAUAAUUUGUUCUUUUUCUUUUGAUUAUGGAUUAACCCUAAAAGAUGAAAAUAUGAUUGAGUUUAUUUUAAAAGAUCCGAUUCCAAUAAGUCAAUAUAAAGUAGAUGUAAAAUUUAAAAAACAUUAUGUUUAUUUUAAUUUAAGAGAAGAACAUAAAGAAAUAAGUUUUUAUGAGUUUAAAUGUUUUCAAGAUACAGAAAAUUCAUAUACUUGUGAUCCUUUAAAUAAAAUUUUAGCAAACUUACAAAAUCUAAAAUAUAAAUAUAUACUUCGUACAAAAGAUUCACAAAUUCUUUCAUAUCAAAAAGGAAAUAUAUGUUACAUUGGGAGUCUCUAUGUUACAAACAUUUUUAUGGAAAACUCAUGUAGCCUUUGGGUAAACGAUUUAGAUACAAAAAGAGAAGAUGACGAUGAAGUAAGUUUUAGUAUUGUAGUUCCAAAAUCUUUUAACAUAGUAAAAAAUAAAUGUUUUGAAAGUAACAAUAAUAUGAAUAGCUCAAUGUAUUAUUUAAAAGAAGAAGAAGACGAAGAAGAAAGUAAUAUAAAGACAUUUAUAUUCACAGUUUAUAAACAUAUAUUGAUACAAGAAAUAGAUCAAAAUAAUAAAUGUACAUUUGAAAAUAAUAUAAAUAAAGAAAAAAUAUAUGUUGUCUUAAAUAUGGAAGAUUAUUAUAAAACAUAUAAUUGUGAUAUUACAAUUGAAAAUUGUGAUUUUUUUAUAUAUGAUCAAAGUAAAAUAACAAUAGAUUAUAAUAAAAGUUGGAUAGUAGAUGAAGAAAUAAAAGAAUCAAAUAUACUUUAUAAUGGUAUAUAUGUAUCUUUAUAUAAUAUAUUAAGCCAAACUAAUGCUAACAAUUUAAUUGAAAUAAAUAAUAAUAAUAUUGUAUUAACUAUUCCAUCUUUUAUACCUAGUACGAGGACAAUAAAAAUUGCAUUUUUUAAAAAAAAUGGAAGAAGUGAUGAAAUAAAUGAAUAUGAAGAUGAUGAUGAAAAAAGUAAUGAUGAAAUAAUUCAAGGUAGUGGGAAAUAUGGCAAAGUUGCUAAUAAAGAAACUCGAUAUGCUUAUAUACGAUUACAAAAAACUUAUAAACCUAUAAAAAAAGUAUUAGGAAUAAAUUUCUCAGAUAUUUUUGAUAUAUAUUAUAAAUAUUAUAAAUCUUAUAAAGAAAAUAUUAAAUUUUUAGUAAAUGAUUUUUCAGAAACAAAUUAUAUUGGUAUAAUAUGUCAAACAAAUAAAGAAACAGAUGUAAAACCAUGUAAUUUUACUUUUAUAAAUGAUCCGAGUCAAAAUAAUACAUCUAUACCUAUUUCAUCUCUUAUAAAAAAGCCACCAUUUUUAUCUUACUUUAGUAAAAAUAGAAUACAACAUCAAAAUAGUACUGAAUAUGUAAGUGAAACUCGUUUUAUUUUUCCAAAAAAUUUUAAUGAAACUUUACAAGAAAAAGGAAUUAAAGAUAUACAUUUUAGAUGUAUUUGUUCUACCCAUAAUGGGAAAAAUGAAAUUGAUACAAAUCAUGAAAUACAAUAUUUUAUAACUACUGGAAAUAUAUCUAAUGAAGAUUUAUUUGAAGUUCCUAGAUACACUACAAAUAAUACUUUAUCUACCCCCAAUCAACAUUCAAGAAUAAACAACAGAACUCAUAGAUUAGCAAAAAAUAAUAAUUCUUUACCUAAUCAUAUGAAUGAAGAAAAUGUAAAAUAUAAUUAUAAUACUGGUUCAGUUUAUAAAUCUGAAUUUAGUUUUUUUCAGUUUUUUGUAGGUAUAGCUAUAUUUCAUACUUUGAUAUAUUCUUUAUAG